AUGCCGAUGAAAGGACAGAAUAUUUAUGUCAAAUACAAAGAAUCAGAUCUGGAAAAUGCGGUGGAUGCUGUAAAGUUGAAAGGGAUGAGCUACGGAAAAGCAUCCAAAAUGUUCAAAGUCCCCAAAACAACAAUAGUGGAUCAUGUGACCGGAAAAAUUAAAAAAGGUGCAAAACCGGGACGGAAAACGGUAUUUCCAAUAGAAAUAGAAAAUACUAUAGUGGAGAGGGUUUUGGCUGCCGCAGAAAAGGGCUUUGGGGUCACCAAAAAGCAACUCGUAAUUAAAGUUGCUCGCCUUGCCAAAUUAAAAGGUUUCACAUUUCAGAAUGGGGUUCCCGGAGAUGACUGGUGGAGAGGAUUCAAGUCUAGGCAUCCAGAAAUUGUCAUACGCAAACCAGAGCAGCUGUGCACUUCGCGUUCUCGAAUGCUAAACAAGACGGUGGUUAACAAAUAUUUUGACGAUCUUCAUAAAAUCAUCAGAGAGAAUAAUUUAGCGGCGUGUGAUGUAUGGAAUGCGGAUGAAACUGGAAAACAAUUCUGUCACAGUCCCUCUGCCGUUCUUGCUCGGCGAGGGGUUAAGUCUCUGCCAGGAAGAAUCUCAACCUCUCGCCAGAAUAUUACAAUACUGGCAUGCGUCAAUGCUGCUGGUAACAAGAUGCCUCCGAUGUGUGUUGUCAAAGGUAAAACCCCGAGAUGUUUGGAGUCAUUUGCAACUAUAGAUGCACCCCAAGAUACAGUUUGGACUUAUCAAGAAAAGGCUUGGAUGUGCGACUUGCUUGGCGAGCUGUGGUUCAAAAAUGUCUUCCUUCAACACUGUGGAACUCAAAGGCCACAACUUCUCAUUUUAGAUUCACACAGUUCUCAUGAGGUGUUAGGUCUUUUGGAGGCAGCUAUUUCUCAUAACAUCAUGAUAAUGGCAUUACCUCCUCACACUUCCCAUCAUCUGCAGCCACUUGACAAGUCAGUGUUCGGGCUCUUCAGUAAGGCUUAUGACAGAGCAUGCUCAGAAUUUAUGACAGGUCACCCUGAUCACCAAGUCAAUAAGGCCACUUGGCCAAGAUUGUUUAAAUCAGCAUGGGACAAAUCGGUUACGGCUGACAACAUUAAGAGUGGGUUUCGUGCCACUGGUAUCUGGCCUAUGGAUGCCAACGCUUUGCCAGAUUAUGUUUAUUUGCCAUCGGAAGCUUUUGACAUUCCCUUGAGCACCCAGCUCUCUACCUCCUCUGCACCCCGUGACUCCCAGCCAUCUACCUCCUCUGCACCACGUGACUCCCAGCCACCUACCUCCUCUGCACCGCUUGAAUUGUCUUUAACUCUCCUUGCCGAGACAGCCUUCUCAUUAACUGAACAUGUCAAUGAAUCAAGCAGCUCAACUGACCCAGGGUGGAUACCAGACGACAUGGCUACCCUGGAUGCUCAGAUACCCCCAGCAGACGUUGGGACGCUUUUGAAUGCAUUAGGAAACGGUGCUCUUGAACUGACUGCCGCCGGCGAUGUGGACAGCAGUACAUAUAGUGCACAUAACUGGAAUACUGAAAUUGAUGACAUCUUCUCCAUUCCACAGCCUACUCCAAAGAUUCUUAAAUCGUCAUCUUCUGGCAGCAUUACCAGUCAUCGCCUUCUCACUAGCGACGAGAGGGACAACGCCGGAGGAAAGUUGGUGGCAUAA